ACUGGUGUUAUCAAUAUCAUGUGCACGUCGAUCUUGAAGAUCAUCAUUUUGAGGAUCCAGGACUUCAUACUUAUCUUCACCUCGACUCUAUCUUCAACGCUUUUCGUUUCGAGGAGUCCAUUUGCUAGAACAGCCGAUACCCGUGUAGUGGACACUAUCUCGCGCCCCAUUUAUCCGGCGUUACCAGAACAACUAUUCGAAAACUCUCGCGUAGUAUCUGCACUUGCCAGUCACCACUUGCUUCGACGACAACAAGCGAAACUACUAGACGAACUUCUAGCGGGCCUACUACUUCUACAACCCCUACUAGAAAUCAUAAUUUUUACGAAACAAAAACAAAAUGGCACGCAGUGUGGUAGAAAUUCCCGUUGCUUUGGCUGGCUUCGGCACAGUUGGCGCUGGUGUGAUGGAGCUGGCGUUGUCGAAAAACCCGAUCUUCGAAUCCUUGUACAAUUUUCGGCUCCGCAUCGUGAAAAUCUUGGUCCGAUCACCAGAACGACAUAUGCAGACGGUACUAUAAUUUCUUUGACAACAAGAACGGCUCGUUCAAUUUAACUGUUAAAUAUUUGCGGUCACCACGGACGACUUCUAAGUUUUUUGCUCCCGGAAGUUCGCACGACCGAAAAAACCUUUUCUCUUCUCUUUUCCUUUCUCUUUUCCUUUCUCUUUUCCUUUCUGUGACUUUGUUUUGGUUCACAAUCACAUUCUUGUGUAACUUCUCCUUGCUUCACAAAUAAAAUUGCAUGCUCACGACAUGAUCAGAUCCGCAGGGACCCUCUCCUCUCUAGCGCAUGCGGUAGUUCUGAAGGUGAGCUGAAGGCCUUGUUUUGUACGUCACCCGCAGAGUUACUCCAAAGCGGCGCGAAGCUGAUAGUGGAACUCAUCUUGAGGGUAGGUUAAAGGUGCUUUUCUUACCGCUUUUUAUGCCUCUCCUAAGAGAGAAAGGCAUAAAAAGCGGGGUAAGCAAGCACCAAAAACCUACCUCUAAUCAUCGGUGGAUGCACGGAUGCGAAAGAAAUCGUCUACCAUUCUUUGCAAAACGCCAUUCCUGUGGUAACGGCAAACAAGGCAUUGAUAUUCCAGUAUCUGGACGAACUGGCGAACAUUUAUGAUGCCCCCACUGUUGAAGUUGAAUAAACAUACAAGAAAGUAUGUUUUAAUGGCUUGAUCCGUCAUUAGUAGUCAAUACUCACACAUCAAGGGGAACAAAAUAACCGAGUUACUGACUGAAAUAAGGGAGGUACUAGCUUAUAGCUUCAAGGCUACCCUACCUUUCCUUGUCAUGAUCAGUAUCUCGGUUAUUCUGGUCAGUAACUCGCUUAUUUCAGAUUUUCGAGUACAAGAAAGUAUGUUUCAAGACUCACAAGAGUCCCAUGUUGGUAGGCAAAAAGAUGAUGGGACUGCUUCAAGUCAGCACUCACAAGAGUCCCUCCCACUUAUAAGGUCGACCAAGUAACGUUGCCGAGGACGUAUUGUAGACCCUACAUCUUCCGUCCCACCGUUAGUCUAGGAGUACUACUUGGGAUGCCAAUCAAUCACUCCGUCCCCCCCACGAUUUUUCAUACCCAGGCAGGAAAGACGUUUUUCGGAUUUGAGGCUGCCGUGUGUGGUGGAAUCCCGAUUAUUAGGUCUCUGAGUAACGAUUUUGUUGCUGAUGAAGUGCAAGGCGUGGCAGGGAUCAUGAACGGAACGACGAAUUUCAUGCUUUCUAAGAUGGAGACGGAGUUAAGAGCACUAAAGAAAUUUUGCUUCUUUUUUUGUGCUCUACUAGUUGGAAAAGCAUUAGAAUGCCCUGGGUUGAUUGAUGGGGUCAUUAUUCAGUCUCAGAACACUACCCCUACAGCUACUAAAAGCACGACCUGCUUUGUAAUCCGCCGUCCACCCAGAACGCUCCUCUAAAACAAGGCGCCGACUACAUGCAAGUCUUGAAAGAGGCUCAGUCUCUAGGCUUCGCAGAAGCAGAUCCAACCGCAGACGUCGGAGGCUUCGAUGCUCGAGAUAAAUUGGGCAUUUUGGCGAAAUUGGCCUUUGGUGUAACGCUCAAGGAUAUACCGUGUGAAGGCAUAACGCAAGUGUCGAAGAUAGAUUUCGAGUACGCAAAGAUGCUCGGUUGCACCGUGAAAUUGCUGGGAUGCGUAAAUUAAGGUUAAAGGUGUUCUUGUUACCGUUUGUCUUGCCUCUUCUAAGGGAGAAAGGCAGAACGAUCAAAAGGAACCGUUUGCUUUGCAUCUUCUAAGGGAGAAUGAAGAGCGAACGGGGUAAAAUCUUGCCUCUUCUAAGGGAGACAGGCAAAACAAAAAGCGUACUUAGGUAAACGAACACACGAACACCAAAACCCUACCGCUAAGCAAAGAAAGACGCGAAGAGUAAUCGCGUAAGCUGUUUUGUGUCCCCACAUUUGGUUCCAGCAGACCACGCAAUCGCUGCCUGCAGGGGUCCAACGAAUUUGUGCGCUGUGACCAGCAAAAACAUGGGACUCACUGUGUAUCAAGGACCGGGAGCGGGACGGUAUAUCAUGAUCAUACGUGGUGUAUUUUUAUUGGCAACUAAAAAGUGUUAGUUUGGAAGAAGUUAGCCUGAGCAGAAGUUAAGAUCAAGUGGGGGUGUCAAAAUUGCAACUCCCGCAAUUAUUGGCUCGUGGUGAAUAAACUAGAAUUACCAACCGCCCUUUUCGAAUAAAGAGUUGGUGUUUAUUCCAGUUACACUUUAAGAUUGAUUGUCGUAUAAUCAUCGUAAUCGUAUUCGCAACACAUACAACACAUUCAACAGAUACCCAACCGCAAACUCCGUGAUGAACGACAUCGUUCGCGCGUGUCAAGAGAUUGUGGCGCCUAAACCCCAAGGCAGUGAGAAUCUGCUACUGUCGGCUUCUGCGGCUGCAUCGAUCACAGGAAAAAACUGCGUCUUCGACACUGAUUAUACCUGUGACUCUUUCUUUAUGCCACAUCGUCCAAAGGAUGAGGAAGAAGUGCAUCGCAUUGGAAGAUGACCCGAUGCGUUGUCGUCUUCCUGUAGUCAACACGAAAAAAAAACUUAUUUUUUCCUAUCCUUUAUCAAUAUCAUCUCUAAUCCCAACGUCCGCAUCCGACUGCGGGAUGGUCUCGGCAUUGUCAAGGAGUUAGGGGAAGCCGCUGAAGCAGCUGGUGUCUCCAUUGCGCAGAUGCUCCAAAACCUCAUUACCGACAAAAACGACGUAUACACAGUUGUGACGACAGACUCCUGUUCGUUCUCCCAAGUUUGCGGCUUCGUGGAUCGGGUUUCUCUCUGCAGUUGGUGCAAGGAGAAACCUGUCGUCUUUCCGAUGAUGUGAGUCUGAAAGAGUUGCAGGUCGUUUUGAUGAAUAAAGUAAAAGUUCGUCUUUACGCGAAACGCUUUUACGGGUGUAGUUAACGUGCACAUGAGUUGUAGUAGAAGAUCGGGAUCAUCCGCGUUCUUGGACCCUCUAACCGAAGCGGUAGAGACCAGAUGGUUAGGAUUGCUCAACACCAUGAAGAUCCAUAGCCUUUGCCACUUCCCUUACCCCUACCCUGAUUUACAUCUUCAUCUAUCAACACAAUUAUUACUUCCAACAUCGAGAUCGACUUCGACACGUCGUCAUGCUUGAAGUGUGAGCAGAUCUCAGAUGUUCAACAUAUUUUUUAGAUUCAGUCACUCAUGAAUUAGCAUUUUUGAGCAGAUAAUCAGAUUCAAGGAAUUGAACAUAACCAUAAUCACUCCAUGGCUUCCUCGCACAAGGAUAUCUAGUACUGGUUCUACAGCGUGCUCCUAGAGGUCGACCGCUUCUACUACAGUUUCACCUUCCCUACUCCAAAUCUACCUCUUGCUCUUCAGCCUCUGAAAAAGUGAGUUCUCAAAUGAAUAAUAUGAAUAACCAAGGACUUAAAGGAAAAGCUCAUCUUUCCGAAUACUGAUCAU